AUGACUACAGAAACUACAGAAACUACAGAAAUAACAACGGAAAAAAUUGAAAGCAUCGUCGUGUUAAAUGUUGGCGGUUAUGAAACGUAUCGCUCUUCAUUAACGGCCUAUCCCGACACUUUACUGGGAACAAUGUUUGCCGACCGAAAUAGCUCCCUUCUCAAACCUAUAGCUGGGAGCAACGAAUACUUUAUUGAUCGAGAUGGUCAUCUAUUUCGUUAUGUUUUACAAUUUUAUCGUACCGGGACUAUUCACUGGCCAACACCCAAAGAAUCACCUUCUCUAUCAUUCACAAAAUCGGAACUCUACCAAGAACUCGACUUUUUUCAAAUUCCAUUUCCACCUCCCCCAUCCAGCUCCCAACCACAAUCAUUAAUUCACACAUUACCCCCUAAAAAAAUUAUAUCCUUUCUCCAUGCACUUCGCGACGUAAUGCACGAAUCCAUUGCAAAUUAUGAAUCAACAAUAAAUUUCAGUUUCAACAGAAAUGAAGCCGACAAAAACGACUAUUGGAAUAACUAUGUCGCCAAAAAACCAUACGUGGGAAUUGUGAGGCCAUUUGCUUGGAUUGCAUACUCUAUCUUGGAGAGAUUUGGCGAGGAUAUGGGAAGAUGGAUGAAGGUUUUGGUGCCAGAGAUUACGUUUAGAAUAGAGAAACAUCUACCGUCUGGGCAUGAUCCUAGACCAUAUUACAGGGUUACUUUAUCGGUGCAAGAUGAUUAUGAUUAUGAUUGUGAGCUAAUUAGGAAAAAGGUUGACACUGAUAUUGGUAUAAAUCGCGAUAAUUAA